AAAAGAAAGCUUAAAAAAGCUUUAUUGGCGAAAGCUACCUAGACCUCAUAUUGCAUAUAGUACUUUUUAAAAAAGCAAUUAAACAUCAGUGCAUCCCCAUCAGUUAUUAGAGGAAAAACCAAAAACAAUUUAUUCAAGUGCUAAACAAAUUUACAAAAAAUUAUUAUUUAAUAUGAGUUCAGAUGCAACAAUUAAAACAAAUUUAAAUCCAAUGCCUUUUGUUACACUUAAAAAUGGUCGUAAAAUGCCUAUGAUUGGUCUAGGAACAUGGAGGUUGCAACGUAAAGCUUCCGAGGUGGUGCGUGAUGCCUUUGAUGUGGGUUAUCGUCAUUUUGAUUGCGCCCAUAUUUAUCGCAAUGAAAGUGAGGUGGGUGAAGCAUUUAAGAAACUUCUUGAAAACGGUAAAGUUAAGAGAGACGAUUUCUUUGUCACCAGUAAACUUUGGAAUACAUUCCAUCAUCCGACAAUGGUGCGCCGGGCUUGUGAAACUACAUUAAAGAAUCUAAAUCUAAACUACCUGGAUAAUUAUCUAAUACAUUGGCCCAUGGCCUACAAAGAUGGCGAGGAACUUUAUCCUAAAGAUGAAAAUAAUAAAGUUAUAUUUUCCAAUGUUGAUUAUGUGGAUACUUGGCGGGCUAUGGAGGAUUUGGUUGAUUCAGGUCUUUGCCUUAAUAUAGGUCUAUCAAAUUUCAAUAUAUCUCAAAUAGAACGUGUCCUAAAAGUGGCACGUAUACCUCCGGCAAAUUUACAAAUAGAAUGUCAUCCUUAUUUGAAUCAACAAAAAUUAAUGGAUUUUUGUAAAUCCCACGAUAUAGUGGUAACGGCUUAUAGUUCUUUGGGGUCACCCUCUUCACCUUAUGCCAAGCCGGGAGAAUAUCCUAUAUUACAAAAUCCUAAAGUUCUAUCGUUAGCUGAGAAAUAUCAAAAAUCACCUGCCCAAUUGCUGUUGCGUUAUCAAUUGGAACGUGGUAAUGUUGUUUUGCCCAGAUCAGCUAGUAAGGAUCACAUGCUAGAAAACUUCAAUAUAUUGGAUUUUAAGUUAAGUCCAGAGGAUAUGGAUUUAUUGAAUGGUUUAGAUUUUGGUGGACGUUUUAUGAUAAUGGCAGAGAAUUUUCUUCAUUUCUUUUUAGUGCUCAAGGUCAUCCUCAUCAUCCAUUUGCAGAUGAAAAUAUACUUUAAAAUUAUGUAAAUUAUUAAUAAAUAUUACUUGUACCUGUUUUUUAUUUUAUAAAAAUU